UAAUUUUUAUCGAUGAAGCAAGCAUUACAGAUAUUUUAUUAUAUAAAUCAAUAAAUAUAACAAUGUAAUCACUGUAUUAUAUACACAGGUUACUGGUAACACAUGGACAAGCAAUCAACUGGAUAUUUCAAAUGAUGGAGAUAUAGUGGAAUGUAGAGCUAUAAAUAACUACACUGCUAAACCUGAAUAUGCAAACCUAGGAAAAACAAACAAAACAAUCUCCAUCAUCUAUCCACCACAGAAGUUUAAAGUCACAAACGCACCGAACAAUAUUUGCUUGUGGGAGAUUGGAACAACCCAGUAUUGUAACAUCACAUUCAAACUUAAACCACCUUUCUAUACAACCAACUUAACCAAGAAUGGUAAACUUGUUACAAGUGAUUUGAUUAAGAUGCAGAGAAUAAAUGAAACACAAAGUUUUGUUUACAUGAAAAAUGAGGUAAUGAUGAAUGAUACUGGAAUCUACACACUGACUGUGAAAUCAACAGUGUUUCCAGCUGUUGUUUUUGUGUUUGGCAUCACUGUGGUGGACAACACAAUAUGUGAUCUUAACAGCAGGGAGAGUAACUCAGAUGCUGUAAUAGUUGGAAGUUGCUCAGCUCUUGUAAUUCUUAUUAUUACAACAAUUGCUCUACAUUUAUAUUUGAGACUGAAAAAUUUCACUGAAAAUUCAGGAAGUUUCAAGAAUGUGACAUCAGUUAAAUACAAGAAUAAUAAGAUAACAACUACCCAACCCAAGAAUGAGAACAACACACCACAAUAUUUAAACCCUGCAAACAAACAACAAGCAGGAGACAAUGAAGUUGGUUAUAUUGAUCUGAAUGCAGGAGAACCAAUACCUAAUGAUGAUGCCAUAGUUCGGAAUUAUGAGGUGGUAAAGACAGAUUAUGAAGAAAUAAUGCAAAGUAACAAGAAACCAACGAUUGAAAAGAAUGAAUAUGAUCUUUAAUGUUUGAUAGUAUGAUGGUAAUGAUAUUUACAUUAUCAGAUG